AUGUUUGAAGUACAAGAAGAAUCAAAUGCUACCCAAGUCUUACUUCUACGUCAAAUACUUCCGAUCAAUCAAUCAACAAACAAAGAAGACUUAACUGGUAUACCAAAAAAAAAUUUUAUCGCACAAAGUUCCUUUCUUAAUCCUAGUCCAGCUUCAAGACGUUUGGACAAACCUUCAAUGAACAUAACAAUAAAGAAUUCAGGAUCACAAUAUUUUGAAAAGUAUGGCUGGUUGUCCUCGAGGUGUUCUUAUGUAUCUAAAAACUGGAAUGGCAGAAUAAUUGAAAAAGAAACAUGCACUAAUCAAUCACAAGAUGGAAUUACUGAAACAGUUAUUACUAUGAAAGAUGGAAACAAAAAAUGCGUAGAAACAAUAACAGAAAAUUCAAAAACUGGAGAAAAAAUUGAAAAUUUACAACUAUCCAACUUGGACCAAAAUGAAAUGAAUGAAUUAAAAAAUCAAUUUUCAAAAUUCUAA